CGACAUCCCAACGGCAGGCAUCCAAAAGACCAUCAAGACAUUCGGGAUGGUUUCGUGUUCGCAGCUCGGGGCCCACCGCCGUCCGACGGCCCCGGCGCUGAAUGUGACGGUGACAUGAACAGGUUUAACGUUCAACGUUCAACGUCCGACGACAGCUCUCCCAUCCCAUCGCCUUGUGUCCGGAAAUCGCGCCGGAUGUGAGCGCCCUGUCGCUCGUCUCGGAGAGCUGAACCGGCUCAGCUUGGUUCACGGGGGUUUCCCGUCGUGGAUCCCAGCAGUGCCUUCAAAGUUUCCACACCGAUGUCCCGUCGGUGCUGUGACAGCAAUACGAUCUGGACCUGAGGGGCAUGUCUUCGGUGUGCCUGCGUUUCCGAGUCUCCGACUGUUGGAUUAGAGCGAUUAUAAGCGUGAUGCAGGCCCGGACGCAGGUGGAAGAUCCCCUCCAGCCGUGCGUGCCGUGCCCUCGCUUGUCCUCUCGUCGUCCGUCUGUUCUUUUCUUGCCUUCCCUCGGUAAUAAGGAUGGAUUAUGACGCGUACGAUGCGCUCCUCCAUCACGUGUUCCAGGAGACGCAGGAUGACGCCUGGUUCAAGCCCACGGAGGAGAACAUCCAUGGCGGCGUCUGUCUCCGCGUCGAGCCGGGGCGCUUUCGCGGCUUUCCCUACGAGAACCACCUUCUGCAGCCAUUCGAGGCCGCGGUGAAGAUCCUCAACCCCGUCAUCGCCGUCAAGCUUAGGAGUGCGGCCGUCAACGCCGCCAUCGCCUCGAUCGCCUCGGACGCGAAUGCGAUUUACCUCGACUCGGAGACGCGCAUCCAGAUCCUCGAGACGAUGCCCCAGCUCGGGCGCGCGGACAAGGAGCAGUGCGGCGCGUUCAUCCGCGACGAACGAGUGCUUGUCAUCUGGUCGGACGCGCUGGAUAACAUUCUCCCCCUCUACCGCGACUUUGAGGACAAGCUCAUCAGAUACGUGUGGCGGAACGUGAGUAUCUUUACAUCUAUGGCGUAUAGACGCGUCUUUGAACUAUCUAUUCCGGUAAUGCAGCGUUUACGGUUUGCACACUCGCAAACCGCCGUCACUGUGGCACCCUCGUAUGUCUCGGCCAUGUCCGCCGGCUCUUCGCAGGUCGGCCUUACCGAGAAGGCGCCCGUCGUCGAGGAUAUUGCUGAGGCUAGUGCGAACCUCAACGACGAGCAGAAGACGCCGGUGGGUAUGGCCACCGUCCAGGCCCGCGAACAGUACGCACGCGACCGGGCCGGCAAGCGAUCGUGGUGGAGCUUCCGGAGCACUGGCGGCGCGGCGAGCGGGAGCGCUCGUCCCGAGAAAGAUCUCGAGAAGAACCUCGAGGAGCGCCCGAUCCGGCUUUUCGCGCCUGCUUACAACGGGCUCGCAGCCGCGUUGUCCAUAUUCUUUUUGGGGUCGGGCCUCUCGCUCAUGAUCCAAGAAUAUGCGCUAGACCACUCGCCCGUUCGUUUCGCGCUCAUGAUCACCUCGCCUUUUCUCUUCUGCGUUGCGCUCUUCUUCGCGCUCCAGGUCGUCGGCCAGCUCUCAUGCAUCCUCGGCCCGGUCGCGCACUACCACGAAAACUCGAAGUACUACUCGGCCGUCAAGCCCUCGCCGAACAAGGCUGUCGACGCCGCUCUGCCGCACAUCACGAUCGAAAUGCCGGUGUACAAGGAGAGCCUGGAGCAGACGAUCGCGCCGAGCGUGUUCUCGCUCAAACGCGCUAUGCAGACGUACGCCCGCCAAGGGGGCACGAGCGCGAUCUUCAUCCACGACGACGGGAUGCAGCUCAUCUCGGAGGCAGAUCGGAAGGCGCGGAUGUCGUUCUAUGCCGACCACAACAUCGGGUGGGUGGCGCGCCCGGGGCACAGCAACGAGCCGGACGGGUUCAAGCGCGCGGGCCGGUUCAAGAAGGCCAGCAACAUGAACUACGGUCUCGCGAUGUCGCUCAAGAUGGAGCGCAUCUUGAAGGAGAUGAUAGAGCGCGGGGAAGACGAUGAAGAGGAGGGCGGGCCGACGCUCGAGGAUAAGGCGCUGGCCUGUGCGGUGGAGGAAACGUUCGAGGAGAGUGGCCGGCGGUACCAGCCCUGGGCCCGCAAUGGGCGGAGCAUCCGCGUGGGCGACGUUAUCCUCAUCGUCGACUCGGACACGGUCGUGCCCGAGGACUGCCUGCGCGACGCCGCGCGGGAGCUGGCCGAGUGCCCGGACGUGGCGAUCAUCCAGCACGAGUCGGGCGUGAUGCAGGUCGCGCACCAUUACUUUGAAAACGGCAUCACGCACUUCACGCGGAGGAUCAACAAGUGCAUAUCGAUGGUCUGCGCCAAUGGCGAGGUCGCGCCGUUCGUCGGACACAACGCGUUCCUCCGGUGGUCCGCGCUACAGGACGCCGCGUUCGUCGACCCGGCCGACGGGAAGACGAAGAUCUGGUCGGAGACGAACGUGUCCGAAGACUUCGACAUGGCUAUGAGGCUCCAGCUCAAAGGGUACAUCAUUCGCUGGGCAACUUACUCCGGCGGCGGAUUCGAAGAGGGCGUCAGUCUGACGCCCGACGAUGAGCUCAAUCGCUGGGAGAAGUACGCGUACGGAUGCAACGAGCUCAUCUUCAACCCGCUCAAGGACUGGUGGCGCCUAGGCCCGAUCAAUAAGCAGCUCAGGAUCUUCGUCUGGAGCGACGCGCCGGUGCACUACAAGAUCAGCAUGAUGUCCUACAUGUUUUCGUACUACGGCAUCGCGGUUUCGUUCAUCCUCACGGUGCUCAACUUCUUGCUCGUCGGAUGGGCGAUCGAGGUCGACGCGUUCUACCUCCACAGCUUCGAAAUCUGGCUGGCUUGCGUCGUAGUUUUCCCUUGCGCGGGUAACCUCGGCUUCACCCUACUUGAAUACCGACUCGGUCAGAGGAGCUUCCUCGACUCCCUCGCAGAGAAUCUCAAGUGGAUACCCUUCUUCUUCUUCUUCUUCGGCGGACUGAGCAUUCACCUGUCCAAGGCACUCCUCGCCCACCUCUUCUCGUACAACAUCCAGUGGGGCGCGACGAAGAAGGAGGUCGAGCGUUCCAACUUCUUCGUCGAGAUUCCGCGCAUAUUCAAGCGCUUCUGGCUUUCGUUCGUUGUCUGCGGGUUCUGCGUCGCCGCCAUGAUCGUGUUGACGCUGCCCGUCAUGCCGAUGGGAUGGAGGAUUGACCCGAGCGAUUGGGACGUCAUCUUCCCGAUGGCUCUCGUUGUCGGAUGUCAUAUUCUGUUCCCUAUUGUGCUUAACCCCUGGAUGACGACCUUCUCGUACUAGACCGUCCCCCAAGACACUCGCUGGUAUCCGCGCAGCCGCCGCAACCGCGCGACCUUGUACUCUAUCCGAGCAUGCCCCGCAGUCGCACACUCGCGUCUCGGCGGAUCACUGCAUUUCUUCCAUUGCAUAUUAUGCAUGCUUUCCGUAUAUUACACUUCGGGGAAGUUGCAACCCCCACUAACGCUUGAGGAUUCUCUGUUGUAUAUUGAUGGACGUCUAUUGUUUUUAUUUGGGGUACUUAGGGCAUCCGCUAGUAAUUAUCAGGCUUUAACC